UGUCAACCAGAGUAACCCACUCCCUUGAUUCACUUACGGCCAGCUCGUAAACUCCACAUCCUAAAUGCCCAUUUCCACUGCCAUCGGCUGAAUGGAAAAAGCGCCGGCGUCAAGCCAAGCCGUUUCUAGAACUAGAAGCCGUCCAAAACCCCACUCUACAGUUGCCAACGUAUACAAUCUAUCUGCUGCGCGCAAGUCACGGAGAAACAAACUGAGCUUCUGGCCGAUUAACAAAUAAAUUAAAUUCCCCCCUUAAAAAACACGAAUUAUAAUUGAUAUAGACUCACCUACACACUUACUUCACCAUGAGCAGCUCAACCCCAGCCCCGGGCCUAUCCCCCACACAACUCGACUUCUUCCACCAAAAUGGCUACUUGAUCGUCCCAGACGCCCUGCCGCCGUCGACAGUAUCGUCGCUUCUGGCCGAGACGUCGCGGCUGCUCGAGUCCCUAGACCUGUCGACGCACCCGAUGACCAAGUUCCGCACGGGCGGAGAGGACGGCAAGGACCACGUCGGAGAUGACUACUUCCUGGGCUCGGGUGACAAGAUCCGCUUCUUCUUUGAGGAGGACGCCGUCGACGACGCCGGUAACCUGACCAAGGACAAGUCCCGCGCCGUCAACAAGAUCGGCCACUACCUGCACGCCCUCAGCCCGCCCUUUGCCAAACUGCUCGGUAACGACGGGGCCGUCGCCAAGGCCAGCCCCGCCGCCGUGGCUCGGGACCUGGGCUUCCGCGAUCCGCGCUGCCUGCAGAGCAUGGUCAUCUGCAAGCAGCCCGAGAUCGGCGGCGCCGUCCCGCCGCACCAGGACAGCACCUUCCUGUACACCAACCCGCCGUCGGCCGUCGGCUUCUGGUACGCCCUCGAGGACGCCACGCUCGAGAACGGCUGCCUGAGCUUUCUGCCUGGCUCGCACCGCUGGGCGCCCGUCGAGAGGCGCCUCGUGCGGUCCGCCGGCGACGCCGCCGGCACCGAGAUGGCCGACAACGACGGACCCAAGUUCCCGGUCGGAGAGCAGUACGGCGAGGACAAGAAGCCUGCUGGUGCCGAUGCUGAUGCGUACGUUCCGGGAGAGGUCAAGGCCGGCUCGCUGGUCCUGAUCCACGGCAACCUGCUGCACAAGAGCGAGAAGAACCUGAGUAACAAGGGCAGGAUAAUCUACACUUUUCAUGUGAUCGAGGGACAGGAUGCCAUCUACGACGAGAGGAACUGGCUUCAGCCGCCGGCGGAGGGCUUCACCGAGUUGUACAGUGAAGACAUUACAGGGACCAACUAACAGAUAAUGUUGUAAAUGUCAUCGAAGCCUGGUACGAGACUCGGCUUCGGUUACCUUUUACUUGUAAAGAUCGUCAACUUGUAGCCCUCCGCAACGGCAAAUCAGCAAAAGCCGGUUCUGUGUUCAUCCAAUAGUGCAAUUGACGACUUAGAUAUAUUGCUUUGUUAUCGCGAGGCUAGUAGUGCCUACUAUCUGGUAUUUCAAUCUCUCUUUGCCCUUUUUUUCUUUUCAUCCGUCCCCCCAACACACGAUUUAUAAUUGCUGGCCGCUCGUCCGAGGAAAACAACCAAAAACUUCGUAGGAAAAGAUAAAGAAAUGAACAAGAGUACAAAAUAUGACUUCCAAUUUUCGCUGGCCUGAAAAUUGCAGUACCCUCCGCAUCAACGUCCCACCACCAAAUCUGA